ACACAGCAUUACCUGACCCCCUUGCAGUGCUUGGUUCCCUAUACAAGGGGAUCCCAGCACAGCAUGGAACAGUUCCCAUCUGUGCUCCUUUCUAGACUGGGAACGUGACUUCCAUCACUGGGAAACGCUGUUAAAGCACAGUUUAAGGAUGUUGGAGCUUGGUGAUGGUGAACCUGAUGAUGAAGACAAUCCUGAUGACGAAGAUAAUACGUUUGAUGAAGAUGAUCUGGAUUCCCAAUGUGUACCCAUUACUGAGCCUCUGGGAGAUGCUGAGGGUGUGUCUGCAGGGAGGACUUUGGUGGAUGUUGCACACAAGCCCCACUCCCAUCGCAGGGGUCCUCCAAGAAGGAAGAAGAAACCUACAGGAGCUCGUAAGUCCCUGGACAUUUCCAAACAUCUGGAACAAAAACAGAGUGGCGUGGACAGCCAGCGUGAUGCAGCCGAGAACUCAACAGAUUGGAAAAGCAUGAGAAGAACUUUCAGCUCGGAAACAUCCUUUUUGAUUACGUUGAUGGCCAUUGUGGCACCUGCAGCACUGUCCCUGAUGAUGUGCUAUGCCAGAAUCUGGUAUUGCUCGAAGAGAAAACGGAGCACCUCGGGACAGGAGUUGGAAGACGGUGGCUGCACCUCACACCCAGCCAGCGUGAGCAGCUCCUCCAGCAGCAGGGACGGUCUGGACAGCCCUCUCAAGUCUUCUGUGAAGAGGACCCCAGAACAACCAACUACGAGGGAACCUCCUUUUACCCUGUAGAUCCCACUGCCACCUGCUCUCCCCAUGGGCCUCCCCAAGCUGCCUUCAUCCCUUUUUUUCUCUCCGUCUGUCCCAUCCCAGCCAACUCGAGUUCCUCUAGGGACCCCAGGACCAUCCCAGCACCUUCCAGCCCCUCCGGAGACCAACACAUCCCUUCCUCUGCCUCUGAGACCCCUGGCCUUGCCCUCUAGGAAUCACUGAAGGCGACA